CUCAUGGGCAGGAAAGAAUUCUCCGUCUGCAAAAAUAGGAGAUCGUAAAACCUUUAAGUAUUUGGUUUAUAGAACUGGAAAGACACUGAAUGCCCACAAGGAUAUCCUCGAUCAUCUUCAUAAACAAAUACGACUGCAGGCGGUGUCUACAGAGGAUGAGUGUGACUUCAUUCUGGUUUUCUGCCCUGUUGUGUCACGAGCUGGAACUGACAUUGAAGCAGCAGUGAAAAUGCUGCACAAUAAUUCAAAUAUCAAACCUGCUGUCCUGGUGGUGAUCCAUUACACGUUUGAUACAGAGUGUGUUGUACCAGACAGCAGCAGAGCUGUAAACAGAAAGAAUACGAUUGUAGCUGACUGUCUGUUCCAUGAAGAUAUUGGAUUACUGCAGUGUCCUAAGAAUCGUGAAUCACUGUCCAAAAUCAUAACUGCUAUUAAAUCUCAGGUGAAAGGACGAUGUACAAAACUGAACAAGCAAGAAGAAGGUGUAACAUCAGAAACCUAUAAGUAUUUGGUUCAUAUAACUGGAAAGACACUGAAUGCCCAUGUGGAUAUCCUCAAUCACCUUAAUAAACAAAUACGACUGCAGGCGGUGUCUACAGAGGAAGAGUGUGACUUCAUUCUGGUUUUCUGCCCUGUUGUGUCACGAGCUGGAACUGACAUUGAAGCAGCAGUGAAAAUGCUGCACAAUAAUUCAAAUAACAAACCUGCUGUCCUGGUGGUGCUCCAUUACACGUUUGAACCAGAGUGUGUUGUACCAGACAGCAGCAGAGCUGUAAACAGAAAGAAUAUGAUUGUAGCUGACUGUCUGUUCCAUGAAGAUAUUGGAUUACUGAAGUGUCCUAAGAAUCAUGAAUCACUGUCCAAAAUCAUAACUGCUAUUAAAUCUCAGGUGAAAGGACGAUGUACAGAACUGAACACGCAAGAAGGUGGUGUAACAUCAGCUACAGAACUGAGAAACAGAGAUAAAACCAACAAGGAAAAAGACAGACUUCCUGAAGAAACAAGAGAAAGAGAAAGGACUCAACACAACAGAGAUCAACAGCCGAACCUGAAAUACGAACACUUACAGGAGGCACAAACAAAAGUGGAGAAACUGGAGAAAAGGUUUGAGGAGUGGCAGAACGAAAUAUCUAAGGGAAAGGAAGAGCUGGAAGAUUUAAAAAAAUGUCUCGAGAAUAAUGAGAAGAUUCUUUCUGAGAAAGAUACAGAGUUAGUGAAAAAAAAUGAAAACCUUCAAAAUGCCACUGAUGAGAUAGAGAGGAAAAACUCAAAACUGAAAACACUGCGACAAGAUCUGCAGAACAAGGAGAAUGAAGUACAGAAUAUGAAAAAUGAGUUAGAAGGAAAAAAGCAACAGAUUCAGGACAAAGAUAAACUUCUGCAUGAAAAUACACAAGCACUGGAAGAGAAGGACACACAGCUCAGACAGAUAAAAACUGAAUUGGAGGAAAUGAGAAAGAAAUUAAAAGAGAGUCAGAGACACAUGGAGGAGAAAAACACAAAACUAGAAGAGAAGGACAGACUGCUCAGGGAGGUCAAAGAAGAAUUGGGAAAAUCAAACUUGACAUUAGAAGAGAAUCAGACACAGGUGAAAGACAGAGAGAGACAACUGGAGGACAUGGGGAAAGAACUGGAAACCAGUAAAACCAAACUACUAGAAAGAGAGAAACAACUUCAAGAGAAAGACAGAGAUCUGGUUGAAAAUGCACAAACACUGCAGAUAAAAGUUGAAGCAUUGGAAGAGAAGGACACACAGCUCAGACAGGUAAAAACUGAAUUGGAGGAAACAAGUAAGAAGUUAGAAGAGAGUCAGCAGCACGUGGAGGAGAAAAACACACAACUGGAGAAUAUGAACAAACUGCUGAGUGAGAAAGAAACCCAGCUGAAGACAGAUAAAGAGUUGGAAACCAGUAAAAAUAAACUGCAGACACUGGGAGAGGAGCUGCAGGAUAAGAAGAGACAACAGGAGCAGAUGAUCGUAGUGGAGCAACAGAAAACUGAGUUAGCAGAAAAAAACAAACAGCUUGAAGAGAAAGAGAGACUUGUAACUGAGAGAGAGACACAGCUGAUGGAAAAAGACAAACAGCUUCAGGAGAAAGACAAAACACUGGAAGAGAAUGACACACUGCCCAGGGAGGUUAAAGAAGAAUUGGGAAAAGCAAAUAGGAUGUCAGAAGAAAAUCAGACACAGAUGAAAGACAAAGACAGAGACAGAAAACUGGAGAACAUGGGGAAAGAGCCAGAAACCAGUAAACAAAACCUGAUGGAAAAAGAGAAGCAGACUCAGGAGAAAGACAGACCUCUGGCUGAGACACUGGAACAGAAGGGCGCUCAGUGCAAACAGGAGGAAGAAGAAGAAGCAACCAUAGGGCCUGGAGAAUUACCUGGGACAAAAUGUCAUUUCGAAUUAGAGGAUAAAUCACAUGAAAAUAAAAACCAAGAGAUUAAAAUUCAAACAGAGAAUCAAAAUACAAAAGUGAACAAUGAGAAUCUCACCCAAGAGGAAGCCACUGUAUCCAAAGACAGAAAUAUAGAAUUCGAGAAAACAGCUGAAGAGCCACAGGAGAGAGAAAAUGCUGUACAACUGCAUCAGCAACAAGAACUGAAUGAUACACAGCUACAAGUGGAGGGUGUGGAGAAAAAUGUGGAGAAGCAUAAAGAAUUAAACGAGAAAAAUGAGCAUCAGAAGGUUCAAGACACACAGCUGAAAGAAAAAGAAACAGUUCGAAAUGAACAAGUAGAGACAAAUAAAAAGAGUCGUUCUGAGGCAGGUGCAGUGUUAAAUAAAGAAAUUAAUGUUACUGAUAAACAACAAGCACUUGAAGAGCCUGAAGUGAAAGAGGCUAAUUUGGCUGAGACUAAGACAGAACAAGAGGAAAGUGACACACAGCUUAACAAGAAAGAUAGACCUCAGGUGGUCAAUACACAACUUCACAUGAAGAAUGAAGCAGAUGAAAAGCAGGACCCGCUGCCGAGUGAGGGAGAAGAUGACCCUCUUGAUGCAGAAACGCCCUCCAGUGAGAUCGCCACCGAACUCAAAAGGGAUGAAUCUCAUUUCUGUUAAUCUAACAACAAAACUAAAUAACACGUAACUAUAAAAUGUGUACCACCUUCAAAAGCCCUAAUACUGCUACAAACACACCUAAUAUCAUACGCCUGUCUUAUAGUAGAAAACAAUCAAUGAAAAACCCUCUGUUGUGUGCAUAAUAUUCAUGCAUCAUCAAACUAAUCAUCUAUUUUAAACAUUAUCAUUGCCAGAAUAUCUAGUUUUCUGCAAUUAAAAAAUCAGUUUCUACCCAUAGAAUGAAAGGACAAGACUGAAUAGUUUAACUGAUGACAGUUUAGUAGUUUAUUUGUUUGUUCAUAUAAUAAUACAACAUGCAUCUUCAUUUCCCAUGACAUACAAGCAUCAAUUUCUUGAACUCAUAGUGAUCACAACAAAAUAUAUUUUUUCAAAAACUUGCCCAAAUAUUCAAAGCCACAGAUGUCUUCUGCAAGACUGUGUAGUUAUUAUUGGCUCCAAUACAUCAUAUUCCUUGUUUGAUGGUCAUUUUCACGUGAGUACUGUUUGAGCUAAUAGUACUCAUGUUCCAGCUAAAAGGACAUGCGUAUUGGCCACCUUCAAAGAAAAUAGAGGUGCGAUAGGCUGCUGUGUAAAAGCACCCUGCUGUCUCAGUCAGUGCGUUUACAUGCACAUAGAGAAAAUCGAAUUUCUGCCGUAGCUCGACUGAAAUCGAAGUUCUAAAUGCUAUGGAAACACCUUAGCUCGGCUGAAAUCGAACCGAACUGGAUUUCUCAUAAUCGAGCUACGCGACCUAGAUUAUGCGAUUGUAGCCGAGCUACUUAGUGCAUGUAAACCCUAUCGAGCUACGUAGUCGAGCUACUUACUUCAGCACUGCCCCUUCCGGAAGUGACGAGACCACAAGCGGGAAACACAACAGCCUCGGCCGGCAUGACACUUCGCCUUAGCCACCACUUUAUUAGGAACACUUGUGUCUGGGCAUGUACGUACCCAUUUCCAAUUAGUUGGUAAGUUAUUAGCAUGUUAGCAGGCUAACAGUUAAUAUGUUCACCAUUACAGAUCAACUUCAACUUAGUGGCCAUUUUAUUAGGAACACUUCUGUUCGUACAUACAAACACUCUUCUUGUGAACACGGAACUGAUAACUUUGUUUAUACUGUACUCUUGAAUAGCUCUUCUUCAUGACGACAACCGGAAGUGUACCAACACAAUGGGGCGUGUAGCGCCACCUUUGGCUCGGGUGCACAAUGUACCUCACACAAUAGCUCGAUUUCCUUGUGUGCAUGUAGGAUUGGAUUUCUCUGGCACCUCUGCUGGGACCCUUAGCUCGAUUACCGACAAUAGCUCGAUUUGGAUGUGCAUGUAAACGCACUGAUUGUUUUAGCAUCUGAGACCCCGUCCACACGUAGCCGGGUAUCUGCUAAAUCGAAGAUAUUUUUCUACGUUUUGGCCUGUCAUCCACAUGAAAACACAUCAAAAACGAAUAUUUAAAAAAACUCCGGACAAAGUGAAGAUUUUUGAAAACUCCGUGUAUGCCUUUUCGUGUAGACAGAGAUAACCGGAGGUUUGCGUUUUAGAACGUCACAAUCUGCCCUGACGUCAAACGUGCGACCUUUGUUUACUGCAGAAGCCAGAUUAAGCAUGGAUUUAAGCUAGCCGCACACCACGGCGAUCCACGCGGUACCGAACCGACCCAUUUCAGAGCCGACUCCCGACUGUUGACGAGUGCAGUCGCGAUUGAAGCGACACGUGACAACUUAAUAGCUUUGUGAUUGGCUAUUGGAUAUAGUUACUGUUAAAUCCAACACUUGAAGAUGCUACAGGCUGAAUUACAAAUGACACAACAUGGAAUAUGUAGCGCACUAUCUAGGCUGCAUGAGCUAUUAUUCCCAACCUUAAAUAGUGCACUUAUAUAGGGGAGUUAAAGCGAUUUGGAAUUCAGCCACACAACUUGAGCAGAGUGGCUUUCCAGCCCACUGUGUCUAUGGAUAAAGCUUCAGUCUAUGGAAUUACAGUAUAUACCUGCAUUAGGUGCUACCAACACGUAUUUCUCGCGCUAGAAAUUGUGUUUAAUGAUGUCACGUGUUAUAUGCGAAAGAUAUGAUUGGCUAUUGCUAGCGACUCUCGCCGAUCAGUCUGGCUCCCGAUUAGUUUUUCGAAUCGGCUGUGAGAUGAGUCGGUACCAUCGAAAACUAGUCUUUACGCCUGACUCGCGACUUCAGUUGGCUCGGUACGCUGAAAAUCGGCGUAGUGUGCGGCUAGCUAAAGAGUAAUGGAUCGGAGUAGUGCCUUGAAAGCGUUAAUUAUUGUGCAGGUGCUAUUUACAUGUUUAAUUUUAGAAGCCCAACUACUGCUCCAAGAGCACAGGCGAUGUGAUUAGGGGGGAGGAUUUGGGGAAAUAAUGCCAUCUACAGGUUUGGAACGCUUAUGAAUGUGAUUGAAAACGCAGAUGUUCGGUUAUGUGUGAAAGGGAUUUUUUUCGAAGACGAGGUGGUGUGGAUAAAACAUUUUUAUAAACGGGGGGGGGGGAAAUGUUCGGUUUUAAAAAUACCCGGCUACGUGUGUACAUGGCAUAAAGCUCCCUUUCCCCCUCCCCCACCCCUCAGGCACACCCUAGCUCCCCAUGGCUGGUGUCGGAUGUAGUAACAGCCCAUUUCAAGCAAAGUAUUUGGAAUAUAGGUUUUGGAUAGGUUGUGAAACACUUGGAAAUUGUUAAAGAUACCAUAUGAAAACUGCUGUGUAACACUUGUAAACCUUUGCUUAUUUACUUCAACAUGUAUACACAUUGUGCCAAGUUGUUGUUGAAUCAGGAAAUGUAUUUUUUUUCGGGGCCUCUCAAAACCCAGUUUCACUCUGCAAAUCAAAGAAAAAAAAUAUAUAAUCGGGGUUUAUGAUUUUUAUGACUUUUUUGUUUUGCUGCUCUGAAAUUUAAAAUGAACAAAAUAAAAUGAACAAAAUAAAAGACUUUAAGUGACUGCAA